AUGAGUGGCAGAAAUGGAAGCGGUCCAAAACUUGACUUGAAGUUGAACCUAUCCCCACCAAGGAUUGUUGACCGUAGACUUGAAUCACCAACGCGAUCAGCAACGGUGUCACCAACCUCCCCACCAAGCUCAUGUGUGUCGACUGAGCUCAACCAGGAGGACAACAAUAAUAACAAUAACAACAACCACCUUGGAUACUCCAACAGCCCUGAAGCCACUUCCAUGGUUUUAGUAGGGUGCCCUCGUUGCCUUAUGUAUGUGAUGCUCUCUGAGAAUGAUCCCAAAUGCCCCAAAUGCAAAAGCACCGUUUUGCUUGAUUUUCUCCAUGACAGCAACAACCCCACCGUAAGAAGGGGAUAG